AUGUCAACUUCUAGAUCCGAUCACUUAGCCUUUGGCUACUCCUCCCAGUCCUCGAUCGCAUCACAAGGUCGCUCGACAUCGCCUGCGACGAGCCAUUCCCCCAACGAGCCCACCAGUGGCACCUCGCUACGAUCACCCUUCGGCCUGUCGCCUGGUGCUGUCGGCUCUGGCAAGAUGCAGAACCCGACACGAUCCGGCGCUGGCUCCCCGUCUCUUGAGAUGGGUGCCUCAAGCAGAGCCCGAGAGAUACAAGCCCAAGAAGGCGUUCCUGGCUUGCCAGUAAACCCCUGGGGCGGCCCACCUACGAGCGGUAACUCGACACCUCUUCGUGAGAACAUUCCUGAGUCGCCGACCGACGGGUUUCCGGACUUUGCCCAACUCCCCUCUUCCCAGGAAGCCGCCCUGCCGCAGACCCGACGCGCCCGUGCCGGCACAGUACCUUCCAGGUUUUCGCCGGGUGGUGGUGCAGGCAAUGGGCUUCUUGGUGUAGCGGGGCUAGUACCUACAGCGUCUCGACCCAUUCCCGCCGAGACACACUUCAAAUCGCCAUCGCCUAGCCUCGACCCUUCCGGAGCAGGCGUAGCCGCGACCUCCAGCACUCUCCUUUCCCGCCUGCGGGCCGGCUCCCUUCCUCAACGCAGCCCCUUCGGAGCUCUCCCCGGCACAAAUUCUCCCUUCGGGCCGUCUCUCUUCAGCAGUGCCUGGAAUCCUGGAGUCACUCGCGAGCGAGGCGCGACUCUUGCGAGCAUUGCGAGCAUCGGGUCCAACGGCCCAAGCUCUCCUGCCCAGUCUGCGUUCUCCCGAGAUGGUACCGGAGACAGCGACGUUCAUAUGAGAACCCUAGAUUAUCUGGGCCUUGCUGAGACUCCUCAGCCUCCACGUGCACAGCUCGCUACCCCGUACCUCAAUUCGUUCGCUCGGGCCAACCGUUUCAGGUCGUACUCCGUGAACAACAAGGACAAGUAUGACGACGAAGAGGAUGAUGAAUAUGAAGGCAGCGUCCACGCAUAUGACGCCCACUUUGCCGUUGCGCAACUCCAGGAUCAGCUCGCAGCUACGAAUGCUGCCAUCCAUAACCAUAACAUGGCAGUCCAAGCCUUUGUUAGCCAGGCAUCUCUUAGCCGACCCCGUGCCCGAACCGCGGGCGUCUUGGAUACCCCCGGAAGCCGUCUCAUGAACACGUAUUUGUCUAGCAAUCAGGGUGCGAUACCUGGCUCCAUUAUCCCCACCGAAAUUCGUCUGCCGGAUGAGAAGGACUUCGACGAUCUGCCUCAGGCCGUUGCUGGCCUGGCAAUUGGCAGGUCUAGCAGCCGGAACGCUGCUCUUCUCGGCGCCGAUGACUCGCCUGGACUCGAGGGCCCGACAAGUGCCCUCUGGUUGGGAAGUAUUCCCACGUCUACGACGACUUCGACUCUCAAUGAAAUUUUCAAGCCUUUCGGUUCUAUCAUGUCUGUUAGGGUCCUCACACACAAGAACUGUGGGUUCGUGAACUACGACCGUGUGGAGAGUGCUAUAGCCGCGCGUAACAGCCUCAACGGCAAGGAGAUAUUCCCUGGAUCUGGUUGCGUUCGCAUUAACUUCGCAAAGCCCGCGUCGGCCUCGAAUACGCCGGGCCAUGACGGCCUCUAUCCCUCUCCUAGUCCCGACCCGUUCGGCAAGGGGCAGGAUGGAGGGGCUCAGGGCAGUGGGGGAGCCGGCGCAGGCACACCCAAGGGGGCUUCCGGCACCGGGGCCCAAGGCCUUGACGUCUCCCCCACAGUCCGUCCCCUCAAGGAGAUGGUCACGGAGAUACUCGAGAUUGUGAAGCAAUUCGGCGCCAGCGAGGAGGACAGGUACCGAAUCUCCAGCAACGUCAUGUCUGCGAUCGAGUACAGCACCUUUGUCGACGAAAUUCCCCCGAUUGGCGAGCCGUCGCACACUCGAGUCCAUGAUGCGCCUAAGUUGAGAGACAUUCGGAAGAAGAUUGAUAAUCAGAGCCUGUCCCAGAGCGAGAUUGAGGCGAUUGCCAUUGAGAUGCUCCCCGAGAUUGCCGAGCUAUCUUCUGACUACCUUGGAAACACUGUCAUCCAAAAACUCUUUGAGCACUGUAGUGACGAGGUCCGAGAUGCGAUGCUUGCCGAGAUCGCCCCCCAUAUGGCCGAGAUUGGCGUGCACAAGAAUGGUACUUGGGCCGCGCAGAAGAUUAUCGAUGUUUGUAAGACUCCACAUCAGAUGUCUCUGAUCGUCGAACACCUCCGCCCGUACACCGUUCCCCUCUUCCUCGACCAGUACGGCAACUACGUUCUUCAGGGAUGCCUGAAGUUUGGUCAGCCGUACAACGACUUCAUUUUCGAGACGAUGCUUAGCAAGAUGUGGGAGACUGCCCAGGGCCGCUUCGGCGCUAGGGCAAUGCGUGCCUGUCUGGAAAGCCACCACGCCAGCAAGGAUCAGCAGAGGAUGCUCGCGGCGGCCAUUGCCGUCCAUAGCGUGCAGCUGGCCACCAAUGCGAACGGCGCCCUCCUCUUGACUUGGUUCCUAGAUACCUGCACAUUCCCCUACCGACGAACCGUCCUCGCACCUCAACUAGUGCCUCAUCUUGUGCAUCUGUGCACCCACAAGGUCGCUUACUUGACCGUGUUGAAGGUUAUUAACCAGAAGACGGAAAUCGAGGCCCGCGAUGUCAUUCUCAAAGCGCUCUUCUUCUCACCCAACGACCACGUACUGGAGUCCAUUCUUAAUGACCACUCCUGUGGAGCAACCCUCAUCUUCAAGGUUCUCACCACUCCCUUCUUCGACGAUAGCAUCCGUACUCAGGUUGUCGAGACCGUCAAGAGUGUCUUGGUCCGCAUCAAGGCCCAGCCUAACCAGGGUUACAAGCGCUUAAUGGAUGAGGUCGGCCUUUCUACUCGGGCCUCGGGUAGCGGAGGAAACAGCCGUGAUCAUGGUGGUUCCAGUGGUAACUCGAGCGAACACCGCCAAAGGCCUGCCUCACGUGGCGCGAACCACCACCAUCAUCAUGGACCUGCCCCGCACGGAGGUAACAAACAGUUCUACAACCCGCACUCUGGGGCCUCUAACAACGGCCAGGGCUACGACGUGGGCUAUAACAACCAACGCGCCGAGGUUUCGGAUGCAGGUCUCCAGCCAUUCCCUACGCUGUCUAACCAGCCUCCUCCUAUUUAUCCUCAGGGAGGAAAUGGCCAACUCCCCACGCAAUCGAUGAACAUGCCUCCUCUCCCGUUCCAGCAGGGCAUGCUACCUCGGGCUAACCCUCCCGCCAACAACUUUUUCCCACCUAUGCAGGCGGGCUACAAUGGUUUCAGCUCUCCCAGCCCGUCUCUGGACCAAUACCGCAACCAGACCAUCCCGAACGGUGGACCCAUACCGCCACCGGGUGUUCAGCCACCUCAACAACUAGGACCUAGCCAGUCGACUUUCGCGCCUCCCCCCGGCUUCGGGAUUGCGGGAGCGGCGCCCGGGAUGGGCGGAUAUAACAACUACGGCGGAAUGGGAGGAGGCAUGCAAAACAUGGCAUACAUGCAACAGGAGCAGGUAAAUGCCAGACGUGGCCGGGUAAGGGAAUUUUCUUCUUCCUUUGAGUCGCAGCGAACUCGGUCUGUGGUUAUCGUUAUCCUCGGCCCGUCUCCUGCGGCCGACAACCAUGGUCCUUUGGACCAUCCCUAA